AUGGCACCUUCACGUACCCAGGGCGCAUCCACUAUUGACGAGAAGCCACGUCGUCCCCUUCACUCUAGUUCCAUAGAGAGGAACGUUGACGUUGCUGUCGCCCAACCCCAACGUCCCGCGCGUCUUUCUACUGUUGUCUACUUACGACCCGUUAAAGAGGAAAUCGACUGGGAUGAUACCGACGAUGAUGCUAAUGGUAAUUGCAAUUUGGAGGAAUCUCCUUGCCAGAAUUUUCAGCGCAAACUUGUAAAGAAUAACACCAAGAUCAAACCUGGCAGCACUCGCGAGGAAACUGAACCCGUCAACCAGCCUGCUCGCAAGUCUUCGCGAAUCCAGGGAAAGUCAGUCUUGAACGUGGCGAGAGACAACACUAGGCCUGAUCGUAAGGCCAUUAGAAAACUCUCCGUCGUUCUUGGAAUUGCACCCAAGGCCGAGAAGGGACAUUCAAAAGGUCCGCGACGAUCUACCCGGGUUGCUUCAGCCGCCGCUACGUCCCGCAUUAUGGAGGCGAGUAACAAAAAAUCCAAGGUCGCUUCCACGAAGCCUGCUGUCCUGAAGCCAAAGUCCGCGGGCGUUUCCCGUCGUGGCCGGCCAUCAGGUGCUAAGGCUAAGGCUGAAGCUGCUAAGAAGGAGUGGCAGGUCGAUAAGAUCGUAGCCACCCGAAAGAACAAGACUCGAGGGACCGAAUACCUCGUCAAAUGGGCUGGCUUCCCCGAUGAUGAGAACACCUGGGAGCCCGAGGGAAAUCUAGAUCAUUGUCGCCGCAAAGUUGCCCAGUUCAACGCGACGCUCACUCGCAAGAAGUAA